AGAACAUAAGAAACUUCUCCAGCACUAAGAGGUGACCUGUCUCUUCACACAGUGGAUUUACAAGCAGCCUCCAGAGCACUUAGUUUAAAAAAAACCCAGGACACUUCAUUUUAUAGGAAAAAUAAAGUCUCAAUAAUAUGGGAGAAGAAAAUAUCUUAUUUUUGACUGUUUGGAUAAUUUUGGGAAACAUCAUUGCAGCUUUUUCUGCCACCCCUGAAGCCACAACUGUGUUUGAAAGAGCUGCAGUUGCCCUGGGAGAGGAUUCACCUGCUGGGUUACAGUCUGGGAGCACAUGUGGCUGGAAUUGCCGGAGACCUCACCAACCAUAAAAUCAGUAGGAUCACAGGUCUGGAUCCGGCCGGUCCCACCUUCGAGCAUGCUGACGACCAGAGCACCCUGUCCCGUGAUGAUGCCCAGUUUGUGGACGUCCUGCACACCAACACCAGGGGCUCCCCAGACCGCAGCAUUGGCAUCCAGAGGGCUGUGGGCCACAUCGAUAUUUACCCCAAUGGAGGCACCUUCCAGCCAGGCUGCGACAUCCAGAAUACGUUGAUGGGAAUUGCACUGGGGGGGAUCAAGGGCCUCCAAAAUAUGGACCAGCUCAUCAAAUGCUCCCACGAGCGCUCGAUCCACCUGUUCAUCGACUCUCUGCUGAACACCCAGCAGCAGACCAUGGCGUACCGCUGCAACUCCAAAGAGGCCUUCAACAAGGGACUGUGCCUCAACUGCAGGAAGAACCGCUGCAACAAGCUCGGCUACAACCUCAACACCAAGGUCCGCACCGCCCGCAGCACCAAGAUGUACCUCAAGACCCGCGAAAUGAUGCCAUACAAAGUUUUCCAUUACCAAGUGAAGGUGCAUUUCUUCAGUAAGGACCGUCUGACCUUCACCGAGCAGCCAAUGAAGAUCUCUCUGUUUGGAACCAACGGAGAGAAGGAGGACAUCCCCUUUGUCCUGCCGGAGCUGAAUGGUAACACCACCUUGUCUUUCCUCAUCACCACUGACGUCAACAUCGGAGACUUGAUGAUCGUGAAGCUGCGCUGGGAGAAGGACUCAAUCAUCAGCUGGUCCUUCUGGGGCAGCAGCAAGUUCCACAUCCGGAAAAUGCGCAUCAAAUCUGGGGAGACCCAGUCCAGAGUGAUCUUUAGUCCGAAGGAAGGAGAGUUUGCCUACCUGGUCAGGGGAGGAGCAGAUGCAGUGUUUGUCAAGUCAAAAGAAGACAACAUGAGCCGUAAAGAGAAAUUGAUGCACAAGCUGAAAAUGCAGGGCAGUCUUUUUGUGAAGAACAACGCUUGAAGUUGCACUCGAUCACACAACACACAUCAUGCACAUUAUCCAUUUCUUCACACGCAGCCAAAGAUGGACAGCACACCGCGACACUGGGAAUGCCUUGCAAGUAACUGGACAUAUAUUCAUAUUUUUAUAUAUAUAUAUAUAUAUAGCUCUGUUCACAAGCUCUCCUGUUCAUGAUGAUGUGUUCUCACACUUUUAUAAAUUCACACUCUUUCGCUGCAUAUCUUUGUAAUCACUUGUUUUAUGAUGUUGUAGCUGUCAUGUACUGUUUAUAUUGAUUUAUAAUGUAAUUUCAAACUCUGAACUGGUGUCUGUUCUUUGCUUAUGUGAACUUGGAUUGUUGUUACUGUUAGAAAACUGAUUCCGAGUGACAGGCAUAAUUUAGGCACAUUUCUUUUUUUUGCUUUUUGUUUGUUAUCGUGCAAAUUGAUCACUUUGUCCCGAACGUUUGUCUUCAUCUCACCACUAAUUCCCAACAAUCAACAGGGACCAAAGAAAUAUUUACUGUCUGCUGAACAGAAAAUCACAGUGGUCAUUGUACAUACCUUUUUUAAUCAGUAUUAUAUAUUUUUUUGGAAUAUGAGUUAUAUGUUAAUAUCUGAUCUCUUGAAGCCUUGCUUUUUCUUUGAUUGUGUUUUGGUUAUUGUGUCACUGGUCACUUUAAAAGGCUCUUUGUCCCCUGCAGCUGCUUUUGAUGUUAAGGUCAUUGUGAGUGCUGCUCAGCACGGUCACGCAUUCUUAGGUUUUGUCACGAAAAUGAAGGUCACUUUUAAUGAUCCAGUGAUGGCUAAGUGCACUUGAAAACUGAAUGAAAGGGGUCAACAGCGUCUCACCUGAAACAGUUUACCUCAAUGACUAAACUCAGUCAAUGACAUGCCCUUAUUUUGAAAGGUCAAAGGUUACAAAAUUACUUAAAGAAAUAAAAAAUGCGACCCUUUGUAAUUUGUGAUGGACUGGCCUACAUGAUAGCCAUAAUACAUCUCAAGAAUACUUCAUAUUGUAUUUAUUGAAUGUACAUUUAUAUAUUUGUAUAUUAAGCUGUAAUAUAUUUUUGGCAGGC